AACUUUGAACAAUUAUAUUUUCAGCUAAAAUGCCUAUGCCCGCCGGAUACGGAAACCAGCAGGGUCCAACCUGCUUUGACAAGGUCAAGAUGGGGUUCAUGAUGGGUAUGUGCGUUGGAAUGGCCUCAGGAGCAAUUUUUGGAGGAUUUGGAGCUCUCAGAUACGGACUCAGAGGGAAAGAAUUAGUUCAACAGGUCGGCAAAGUGAUGGUUCAAGGCGGUGGAACUUUCGGAACAUUUAUGUCAAUCGGUACAGGCAUUAGAUGCUGACUUCCAGGAUUUUCAGAGUUGGAUUCGGAGUUCCUUCAGACAGAUUUAAUUGCAUGUCUCCUCCUAUCCAUCAUUGUAUGGAGUUCAUUCAGAUAUAUUCGGACACAAAACCAACCUGGAUCUAGUGACCCAGGCCGGGGUCUAGGGUUGAGGUCUGCUCCGGUAGUGACAAGUCAAGAUAUUGGCAUUAGUGAAGUAAAGCCGAAGAUUGUAACAGAUCAUAAAAAAGCGUUCUGCCAGAUGAUCAGGUUUUCAAUCAGAUUCAGGCGAAAACUUAACAAAAUCCGGGAACGGAAACGUCUGGAACACGACAAGGGAACGCUGGAAAUCCGGGAAACCUUCUGAAGGAAACCGCAACAUGCAUCUCCUUAGAUCCGUAAAAAAAUCCCACUAUGUUUGCCAUAAAUUUCAAUAGUCUCCUGUAGGAUUAUAUAUUUUCAGA